CAUCCAUUAGGUGGAACACCCCUAGCUAUGUUAACAGCUCAGUAUAAUAAAAUCAACAAUAAAAGUCCGCAGCCCUUAACAGAUCCAAGUUUACCGAAAGGUUUCCAUCCCUGGAAGAAAGAACCGGGAUCAUCGCCUGGAGCCAACAGUCUGUCGAACCAAAAAACCUCCUCGGGUCUGACGACUACAUCAGUAGCUAGUAAUUAUUUAAGUUAUGGCCGCUCCACUAAUUCAUCUGUGGCUUCUAACAACACCUUAAAUAAUGAUCUCUUCUAUUCUAACAGUUCGACAAAUUACAGUCCUUCGGAGGGCUCCCCGACAGGUUUACCUCAGAAGAUACCGCCAACAGCUGAUGGGAACAUUGGCAGUUCGGGCUUAGGCACCGUUUACACGAGGAUGCACAGUCUGGCCGGACACCCGUACGAUACAUGGCCCUUCAGUGGAAGCCAUCCUACUGGUAUAAAGAGUGAGGUUAAUCCUGUAAACGGGAGCGCCGCCUGGUGGGAUGUUCACACCAAUGCUUCCAACUGGUUGACGGAUGUUUCAGGAACGGCUGCUACUGCUGCUCUUAGAAACCAAAUUACAACUAACUAUCCCUCCACGGAAUACUCACUAACCCAUGCUCUAGGCUCCAGUAACAACAACAUUUACUCCUCGGGUCAACAUCUCCUGCAAGACACAUACAACACCUACAAGUCCAUGCUGACCAACCAAACCGAGCUCUCACCUAAUACCGUCAGUCCUUUCCUCACCAGACCUGGCAUACCCAGUAUAGCCGGCACCAGAACCCAGAGACGAUAUCCCGGCAGGUCCAACUGCAACUGUCCUAACUGUCAUGAAGCUGAUCGACUGGGUCCGGCAGGAGAACAUCUCAGGAAGCGCAACAUCCACAGCUGCCACAUACCUGGCUGUGGGAAGGUCUACAACAAAUCAUCACAUCUUAAAGCACAUCUCCGCUGGCAUACCGGAGAACGUCCGUUUGUCUGUAACUGGUUAUUCUGCGGAAAACGGUUCACUCGAUCGGACGAACUCCAGAGACACUUGCGAACACACACGGGGGAGAAGCGUUUUGCUUGUCCGAUCUGCAACAAAAAGUUUAUGAGAAGUGACCAUUUAGCUAAGCAUACAAAAACACAUUCUGAAGGUAAAGAAGGAGAGGGAAGCGCCAGUGAUACAGAAAAUGGACAUUUAUCUGGCGACGAAGGAAUAGUUAAAGGCUCGUCCCACAUUGUUCAGGAGUCGAGGAAAUCUUUGUGAAAUCAAAUCCAAAAUCAACCAAAACUUAUAUUUUAAAGUGUUUUAGUGCUCUAUGAACUUGUUAUAUCGUCGGUAUCCGCGCUCGGAUAUCGUAUUCCAUGCACAAAAAAACAUUUCACUGAACCCCACGGAUACAAGCAUCAGUUCUAGCACGCCGCCUUCUUCGUGCUUAUAUUGUGCGACCAAUGAAAAUUCCGCAACGGUAUACCCCGUUGAAAUGCAGUGGGACUAGAUUCAAGAAUGAAACGAAAUCCCUGGAGUUUUGGAUUUACCAUUUCAGUAAAACUUUCUUUUAAUGUCAAGAAUGGUUAGUUAUGCCUUUUUUGGAAGUGGCAGAGGAGAGAGAGAGAGUGUGUG